AUGAAUCUUUAUGGUCAAAUCGAUCCGAUCAAGGCAAAACUAUUCGUCACUACGCUGAAGGGCAAAGCUCAGGAGUGGUUCACAAGCUUAGGUAGUGGAACUAUUGAUUCUUAUGAGCAGUUAAUUCACAAGUUUUCUUUUCAUUUUGCCAGUAAGAGAAAAGCAAAGAGAUCGGCGACCCACCUGUUCACGAUCCGACAGCGGGAGGACGAAACGCUGAAAACUUUCAUGGGGCGAUUCAAUAACGAAGUGUUGGAGGUACAAGAUUUGAGAAUCGACAUGAUGGUGAGCAUUUUAAUUCAUGGCCUGCAAAAAAGCCCUUUUGCAUCGGCGUUGGCACGUGACCCGCCUACGGGGACGGAGCAGUUGAUGGAGAUGGCCCAAAAAUAUAUCGAUGAAGAAGAAAUGAACGCCAUGAAGGAUAAUUAUUGGUCCAGAGAUCCGGCCAGGAUGAGGGGAGAAAGAUCGCGGGAAGGAAAACAACGAGCGGAAGGAGAUCGUGAGCGGAAGGGACCUUACGUGCCCCGAUACCACAGGUACACCCCACUAACGACCACUAGAGAGAAGGUGAUGAUGAUGGUCGAAAACGAGGGCCUACUGCAGCGACCAGAGAAGAUGCGUGAUACCCGGACCAAAAGGAACUCUAAUAAAUAUUGCAGGUUCCACAAGGAUAGAGGGCAUAACACGGAAGAUUGCUACCAACUAAAGGACGAGAUCGAACGGCUGAUAAGACAAGGGUAUUUCAAGCAUUUGAUCGACAGGAUGGCAGAACCGCAAGAUCGCAGUAGGUCGCGGAGUCGGGAAAGGCUCCAGAGGGAUGAAGCGGGAGCGAGCGGAGCUCGAGACAAUGCUCCCACUAAGGGCGUUAUUCACACUAUCUCCGGGGGUCCCACAAGUGGGGACUCGGGUAGAGCAAGGAAAAGAUACGCUAGAGAAAAUAGGUGGAAGCAUGGUGAGCUGAUGAUGCAUGUGGAGAAGCAGGAGAGCAUCGUCUUCGGAGAUGAGGAUUUAAGUUCUGAAGUGGUUGAACAAAAUGACCCUAUGGUCAUAAAAAUGGACAUUGCGAACUACCAGGUACAUAAGGUGUUAAUUGAUAAUGGUAGUUCCGUUGACAUUAUUUUUACUGAUGUCCUCAGGAAGAUGGAUCUGGGAGAUGUAAGACUGAAGCUUGUACGAACACCCCUAGUCGGGUUCGGAGGUAACGAAAAGGUCAUCCCAGAAGGUGUACUUGAGCUGCCCGUGUCGCUGGGGGAGGGAACCCAAGAGGAAGACAUGCAUGGUUUCAUUCCUGGUCGUCGAUAG